AUGAACGGUUACAAAAAAAAUCUCUACAUCUACCACCAGUCCCAGUACACCACAAAGAUGCCGAGUGAGAGCAAGGGAACCUACCGCCGUGACGACGACGACGACGUGAGCGAUGCAAAACGAGUCGGCGCGAACGAAUCGGAUGCCAAGACCGACCGGCCGCCGACCAUCGUGGACCGCGUGAUCGCGUUCUUUUUCGAGAACGAAGACUUUUGCCGAGUGUUUGAAAGAUUUGCCGACAAGCAUUGCGAUAUCUUCGAUGUCAAGUCCGACGAGAUGCAGCUCGAGUACACGGACAUUUACAAAAAGUUCACCGACCUUUUUGAAUCCAAGAUCGAGGCGUUCAUCGAGUCCCAAGGAUCUACCGUCGACGAUUUUUACACCCUCGUCAAGAAGGCCCACGACAAAGAUCCUCAUGGCACGAUCGCCAUUUACUCGCGCAUGCUCGUCGCGACGACCGACUUCGACGUGUUUGUGAUCAUGAUGAAGCAAGCGAAGGAAGCCAAGGCCGCCGACGCCAAGGGCGAGUUCAAGUAG